ACGAGAAAAAACUUUGAAGUAGAAGACAACAAAGAAACAAAAAAUAAGUAGUUUUUCAUCACCAAGGUGGAAGUGCUAGACAAAAUAUAUAUUUUUUUGUUUGAAUUCUUAUGAACGGCAUUUUUCUUUUUAAUAAAAACAGAAAAAAUACUUAAUGUAGUUAUCUUAAAGAGCUCGGAAGCAUUUAAUUCAUAGACUUUUAGAAGAAACUUUAUUGUUUCGCUUUGAAAAGGAAAAAACACACAUACACAUUAAUAAAUUCGUCACAUCAGCUAAAAAUAAAAAUUUUACCGUCUACUCUAUACCAUCUUGAUCAUCAUCGUCUUUACCACUACUACAACUACUUGGAGGUCUACACAUAGUGUUGCUCUAUCUUUAUUAUUUGGUCUUUGCCUUAUAGUCAGUCCGACAGACAAUUAGUCAGUCAUUCAUUUAUACAGACGUACUCUUUCAUCUACCAAAAUUUGCCAAUAUUCUGUAGGAGUACAAAAAAAGAAAAAGAAAAUCUUUUAAGUUUUUUCACCUUUUCCUCUUGGAUUGCUUUAUCGAGAUUUGUUUAAAACACAGCAACACAAUGGAGUUUUUGUUUGGAUCGCGAUCAAGUAAAACGUUUAAACCUAAAAAGAAUAUACCUGAAGGAACUCAUCAAUAUGAUCUCAUGAAACAUGCAGCCGCCACACUGGGUUCGGGUAAUUUACGAAAUGCCGUAGCCCUUCCAGAUGGUGAAGAUCUUAACGAAUGGGUGGCCGUAAACACUGUGGAUUUCUUCAAUCAAAUCAACAUGCUAUACGGUACUAUUACAGAAUUUUGCACUGAAGAAAGUUGUGGUAUAAUGUCAGCUGGUCCCAAAUAUGAAUAUCACUGGGCUGAUGGUUAUACAGUUAAGAAACCCAUUAAAUGUAGUGCACCCAAAUAUAUUGAUUAUCUCAUGACCUGGGUACAGGAUCAAUUAGAUGAUGAAACGUUAUUUCCCUCCAAAAUUGGAAUACCUUUUCCAAAGAAUUUCUUAAGUAAUGCUAAAACUAUAUUGAAACGCUUAUUCCGUGUUUAUGCUCACAUAUAUCAUCAACAUUUUUCGGAAGUUGUAACAUUGGGCGAAGAGGCCCAUCUCAAUACAUCAUUUAAGCAUUUCAUAUUUUUUGUACAGGAGUUUAAUUUAAUUGAACGACGUGAGCUGGCACCUUUGCAGGAACUUAUUGAUAAGUUGACAGCAAAAGAUGAAAGGCAAAUAUAGGACUCAAUGCAAGUUGUGGGGGCUUCGCAUGGAAUGGAGUUUUGAGUUUAAGUAAUCUGCUUCUUUUAUUUUAUUAUUUUUUUUAUUUUAUCACUUUAAUUUUUUUUCAAAACAUUUCAAUUAUUUUAGCAGUAGUAUUUAGUUUAUUUUUUAUUUUUUUCCAAUUACUUUUUUUUAAAGCCACCGAUGACAAUGGAAAUACUUGUACAGAUACUACUAAUCCAAAUUACAAAAAAAAACGGAUAAUAAAAUUUUAUUUAUAAACAAAUACACA